GUUGAAAUUGCGCGCAAAACACAGGGGUAGUCCAAGAUGUCAUACGUAACAAUAUAUAUGAGAAAUUGUAGACAUAAAGUGACUGGUAUAUAUAGUGAGUAAACGCAAAUAGGGAACAAACAAGCAGCUACGGUGUCCAAUGGAAUCUUGUGUCGUCACCGCGUCGUAUGAUGUCAUGAAUGGUCGAAGACUUGCUCGGCUGAAGCUUAAGCUUACGACAUACCGGUAUGGAACCUCUGAGUGGUUCAUUACGUCGCUGGUUACUGGGACUAAUGACGAAAGUGCUUGGUAUAGCAUUGCAGGCCCGGGUGUGGUGACUGCUCAAGAUGGCUCCAUAUCGGGUCUGACCAGCAGCUCGUCUGCUGCUGGGUACUUGUGCGACCCUAGUUGCCCUAUCAAGAUGACCUACUUCACGUCUCUCAACUAUACCAACUAUACGCUUGUCACCGAUUGGAGGACACAUGACGGUUCACCUCCAGCAGAUGAGAUCAACGGAAACAUUAUUGCUCUCAACGCACUUGCUGGUAUUCCUCUUGAUGUCAUCCAAGGUUUCCAUGCUCCUUACUUGAAUUAUACUGCCGAGACUUUGCAGCUCCUUGCGAACAUUGAUUUCAUGCAUGAUUCUUCCUCUGCCUCUUUGAUUCCUGUCACAGACCCAGGUACCGAUGCGUACUGGCCUUACACACUUGACAAUGGUCUUGCAAAUGACUGUCUGACUGUCGAGGGUAUAUGCAAGGUCCUGCCUAAGAUUCCUGGUCUUUGGGAGAUUCCAAUGUAUGCAUUCUUUGACAACCUCGGGAUUGAUGUUCUGUCAAUGAUGGUGCUACAUUUGAAGACAUUCACGGAUCAUUACACUGGGAAUAGGCAACCAAUUAGUCUCUACACCCAUCCCAUCCAUCUUUUGACCACUUAUCCUGGUGUUGAUCCCCCAAACAGCACAAUUCAGAUGACAAACGAAUACCUAGAUUGGGUUCAGAUGCAGCAGGAUGAUGUCUGGAUCAUUUCAAACAAGAAGCUUCUUGCUUGGGUCAGAAACCCUGUACCCGUCUCAGAGCUAGAUUCGUUUGAGCCUUUGAAGUGUUCAACUCCCCAGGUUGACCCAUCUCUGAAAUUUGCAAUGGUAUUCCUCAGAACGAAGCUGGCCUCCUGGAGGAGUGUGACUUCCAUGACUUUCCUUUCUUCACUUGCAUAA